AUGAAGCACCGAAAAGCAAAGACAUUCCUACUUGCGCUUCUUGCGCUAGUUGAUCCCUCUACUGCGAUCCCAUACAAUCCAUCUUCCGUUUUCCUUUCCCCACAACACAAUGACUCCCUCGCGUACAUCCUCCGACCUAGCUCCACUGGUCAAACCGAGUUCGUCUCCCUCAACCUAUCCAGCAGUAUCGACGCUGAGAAUCUAUCUUACCAAACCCUACUGAAGAGCACACCGUUCUACAGUUCUGAUCAGAAUUCGAGCUUCAUUGCUGCCAUCAAUGAUCAAGGCCUGAUCACAGUCUACUCGGGCAACUGUCACAGCGCAUCUGAUAAUCCGGUACUAUGGCAGUUCCACCCAAAUAGCAAAAACUCAAUCGGCAAUGGGACAUGGGAUAGACUGCCAGUCAUCCCCAGCGACGCAAAGACCGCACCGAAUUACCUGACGGCAGCGUUCACAUAUUCGGCAUCCCGCCACGAAGAUGAGAGCUCUAUGUACGCUUUUGGUGGGAUGUGUCCAUUCGCGAACAGCACAGACGAAACAUGGGUCUCGGCAGCCAACUACUCCCAAUCAACGGUUGUGUUAGGCCCGAGUCCCUACUACAGCACCAAGUUCACCGCUGCCACUACUGGCAAGCGCGCACCGCCCGUCGCGGAGGCUGGAAUGGCCGUUGUGCCGCUCCAGCCUACCUAUGCUGCCGGGUCUACGGGGAAACAGCAGGACUUUUUGUUUAUUGGUGGUCAUACCAAGCAGGCGUUCCUUAACAUGUCACAACUUGCCAUUUUCUCGCUGCCACAGCAAAGCUGGAGCUUUGUUUCUGCAACCUCGAAUUCGACAUCAAAGACUGAGCUGACUGCUCGGGAUACGGUUUCUAUUGAGCCUCGCUCCGGCCACACUGCCGUUCUCUCGGAAGAUGGCAAUAAAGUGUUUGUAUUUGGAGGUUGGGUGGGCGAUAUGACUGUCCCCGCCGAGCCACAAUUUGCAGUUCUGAACCUUGCAGAAGGGUUUGGCGGAGCCACAGAAUGGAUUUGGACAGCACCCUCUUUUGAAGGAUUGGGGAUCGCCAAGGGUGCUGGUAUCUUUGGGCAUGGAGCGGCAAUGCUCCCUGGGAACGUGAUGAUGAUUUCUGGAGGCUACAAUAUUCCGAAACCAUCCUCGAAACGGGCUUCAGCAACUACACUGUCCAACUCGCGGGUCUACCUCUACAAUGUGACUUCGAGCAGCUGGGUCACCUCUUACCGCAAUCCUGCAGCAAGUUCGUCGAAUGCGUCCUCCAAUUCCAAUAAGCUUUCAUCAUCCCAAAAGGCCGGCUUAGGGGUUGGACUGGGCAUUGGAUGCCCCGCUGCUGUGGCCAUCGUUUUGUGCGGAUGGAACUACCACCGAAAGCGCCGCGUAAAGGGCAAGCGAGACUCGCAGCUACGGGAACUUGCUUUGGGAGCAGAACGAGCUCACUUCUGGGCCCGAGAUUCAAAUCGGAGCCAGACGACACGGCCAAACUGGGAUGAUCAGAGCGAAGGCACGGCAGAGAGGACUGGCCUGCUGAUGGACCCUAGCAGUCCAGUCAAGAAUAACCGACCCCCUGUGAUACCCCCAGUGAAUAAUAGGCCAUUCUCAUAUCGAAACAGUGAAUACCGGCGCAGUGAUGCGACUGGUGAUAUCCACCCUAUUGAUGAACGCGAGGAAGAUGAAGCGAUCUUCCGAGAACAUCUCAUGGCAACCAUCCCAGCUGAAACAGGACCCACGGUUAAGAUGAUGGAGCCCGAAGACCCUUUCUCAGAUACCCCCUACGCAACUCCUCGGAGCACCAUAUUUGGUGUUGGCCUAGGUCCUUUCUACAGCCGGCGAAAGGAUAUUGGAUCUGUGGAUGCCGAGUCCCCAACAAAAAGCGAUCGAACAGCCACCAACCUGUCAGACAACUCAGCCUUCUCCUUCCCGUCCACCCAGCCUGUAGGCAAGGUCAACCAAGCACGAGGCAUCGUUGUGGAUCGACCUUUGAGCUGGGGCAGCGGGCGCCAAUCACUGGAAUACAUCGCCGCAACCUCAACACACAGCGACCCAGACGGCGUAGCGCCCUCAGAGAAAUCAGCAUCAGCAGAUUCCUACUCUACAGCCCAGACAAACAUGUCCCACCGCCGGUCAGAGAACGAGUCCCUCUUAUUCGACGCCCUCGACCAACCCGCACCCUCAUCCCCCUCAAAACUACCCCGAGAAUCCAAACCCAAAGCCUCCGACUGGGUAAUGAACACCAUGCGCCGAGCCCUAACAAUGACCCGCCGCAGCCCCGACAGCGAGUCAUACUCCGAUGCCAGUACCACUGGCACAGUGCACCACGCCUCCGGCAUUGACCGCCGCAGCACGCUAGCAGGAUCCGGCCAUCAAUCCAAAAGCUCGGGUCCUAGCACGCCGCGCCGAGCAGUCAGCGCUUCGGCAGAGUUAUUCCGCCGCAAGCAGGGUGCCAAAGACUGGAACGCGCGCAAGCGUGUUUCUGAUGAUUUGUUUAACACUGCCCGGUCUACAUGCGAUGAUCUUUUCGUCGGCGCACCCGGAUACCUGGGUGACGAAGCUGGCUUCGGGGAUGACGAGGAAGAUGUCCAUGAUUGGGACUUGGAGGGUGCUGCUGAAGGCAGACGAGUCCAGAUGACUUUCACCGUUCCUCGAGAGAAACUCCGUGUCGUCAAUGCUACCGCUGGCGAUAUUGAUAGUACGUCUGAACGCUCUGUUAGUUGGGGCACUGGGAACAGGAGGGUUAGCUCCUAG